AUGACUUCGCUCUUUGAUCUGAAUGCGGCUGCCGCUGUCAAGGACUAUUCUGUCAAGCCUAAGCUAUCGUACAGCACUGUGAAUGCAAUCACUGGUCCUUUGGUGAUCCUUGAUAAUAUCCGCAGCCCAAAAUAUAAUGAAAUUGUGAACCUGAAUUUACCGGAUGGAUCUGUUCGAUCUGGUCAAGUUUUAGAAGUCGCUGGUUCGAAAGCCAUCGUUCAAGUUUUCGAAGGUACAUCUGGUGUCGAUGUCCGAAAGACUAGCAUAGACUUUUCGGGACAUUCUAUGCGAAUCCCCGUCUCUGAAGACAUGCUUGGACGUGUUUUCAACGGUUCAGGUGUCCCCAUCGAUAAGGGUCCCAGCUUGCUGGCCGAAGACUAUUUAGACAUCAAUGGGUCUCCUAUCAAUCCAUAUGCUCGUAUCUAUCCAGAAGAAAUGAUUCAAACUGGUAUUUCCUCUAUUGACGGUAUGAACAGUAUAGCUCGUGGUCAAAAAAUUCCCAUUUUUUCUUCUGCUGGUCUUCCUCACAAUGAAAUUGCUGCCCAAAUUUGUCGUCAAGCUGAUUUGGUCAAAAGACCCACAAAAGACGUCCAUGAUGGUCAUGAAGACAACUUCUCUAUUGUUUUCGCCGCCAUGGGUGUUAACUUGGAAACAGCCCGUUUCUUCCAGCGUGAUUUUGAAGAAAACGGUUCUCUUGAACGUGUAACACUUUUCCUCAAUUUGGCUAACGAUCCUACCAUUGAGCGAAUCAUUACUCCCCGUUUGGCUCUUACAGCUUCAGAGUUUUUGGCUUAUCAAACUGAAAAGCAUGUUCUUACCAUUCUUACGGAUAUGACUUCCUACGCUGAUGCACUACGAGAGGUUUCUGCUGCUCGUGAGGAAGUCCCUGGUCGUCGUGGUUAUCCUGGUUACAUGUAUACAGAUUUGUCAACUAUUUAUGAGCGUGCUGGCCGUGUUGAGGGUCGUAAUGGUUCUAUAACUCAAAUUCCCAUCUUAACUAUGCCUAACGAUGAUAUUACUCACCCUAUUCCAGACUUGACAGGUUAUAUUACAGAGGGUCAAAUUUUCGUUGACCGACAACUUCAGAAUAAUGGUAUUUAUCCUCCUAUUAAUGUUUUACCUUCACUCUCGAGAUUGAUGAAGUCUGCUAUUGGUGAAGGAAUGACCCGCAAUGAUCAUGGCGACGUUUCCAACCAACUUUAUGCGAUGUAUGCUGUCGGUCGUGAUGCUGCUUCCAUGAAAUCUGUAGUCGGUGAAGAGGCUUUAUCUCAAGAAGAUCGUUUGGCCCUUGAGUUUUUGGGUAAAUUCGAGAAAACCUUUGUCAAGCAGGGUGCCUAUGAGAACCGCUCCAUUAUUGAGACUUUAGACUUGGCUUGGUCUCUUCUUCGUAUUUUCCCUCGUGAAAUGCUUACACGUAUUCCCAAGAAAAUUCUGGAUCAAUACUAUACUAGAUCAUCCAAAGACGUACUUGACAACUCUGAAGAUUCUUAA